CAGUCUUAUCAGGGGGGUUUUGUUGGUCCAAUGAGUCAUUGUGAAGGAAUGCACGAAGCAGUUAAAGCAGGAAAUGUGACAGCUCUGGAGAGGAAAAGUCUGACUGUGUUCAGGAAACAUGCAGCAUCCCGCAGCAGAGCUCUGACCUGGGAUACAUUUGUGACCACACACUGUUUAAAAGGUGAGUGUAAUGUUGAAAUGAGGCAGGCAGGCAGAGGAGGAGACUGUGUGUAACCUGCUCAUUUACCUACAGUGAGUCACACCUGAUGUAAACUCCAUGUAAACAACAGUUAACAGUUUGAGACUCCAACCUCCUCUCACCUCAGACUGAUGGCGGUCAUGGAGUAACGGUUUGGUUUAAAUCUCUAGAAGUUAAUUGGUCUGUUCACAGCCAGCUGGAGGAGGCCGGAUACUCUCAUUGGUCGGGAGUCUGUGACCUCCUCCCCCUCUCAGCUCCUCAAGUGGGACAGAGAGGGGGGGAUUUUCAGCACAAACCCAACAAUGGACUGGUCCAUGAAAAAAAGUAACAAAGGGAAAACCAGAGCUCUCUCGUGGGAGGAAUUUAGGAGUUCAGUCGCCCCUCCUCUUCUUCUCUUAUCCUGUAGAAAUCAUCUUGCUCCAUCACCACUGUCACUGUACAUGGACAUGUAGAGAUAAAGUGUAGUUUUCUAAUCAAUUUUUGUUAAAACCUUAAUCAGUUUUAGUAAUUUGCCAAGCAGAAAUGAUGUUUUAAUGACUUUUUCUUACUUUAAAUAACAUUGUAACACAGGUUUGAAUGAUAUCAGCCCAUUAAAUGGCCGUUAUCAGUGGUUAUCUUCCUCAUAGAUACGGGUUAGAAGGGGCCUGCUACACCUACGAGUAGGUUCAGAGCGCGAUGAUCAUCUAUUCACGGGUUAACACACCGAUACGAAUACAAGAAAGCAGGACUUUCACAGGAGACCAAGUUUGUGUCCCGUGUGAAUCCAAAAGUCAAUUAUUAGUUUUAGCGCCUAAAUUUAACAUAACUGAAAGUGAAACUGCAAACCUUUCAUAACCUACUGGUGGGGCAGGUUGCCCCUUCUUAAGCAUUAGAGUGAGGGUGAAAACAAUUGAUAACGGGCAUUUAAUGGCCUAAUAAAAACUGGUGGUUGUGUCCGACAAAACAUCUCGAGACGUCACCUUUUGGACUCUUUUCCACACUUUUUCAACAUUUCAUAGAUUAAUUCUGAUGAUUUGAAACUGAUUGAAAGUGACUCUUAGUUGCAGUCCUGGAUAUCAGCACACUUGGGCUCAUAUGAGAAGGAAACUAGAAGGAAAUAACGUUAGAUGAAUGCGAUAAACAAUCCUAAGGAGAGUCGGGCUGGUGAACUUGUUUUUGUUUUGAUUUCCUGUCUUUCUGGGAAAUGUUUGGAGGGAGUUCCUGCCCCACCCAGAACAUGACUAGCAGAAAGCACCCACGAGUGUUCGACCUCUCCAUCCCCUCCCUGUGUGAUGACAACCCCCUGCCUCUCCACAGGCCUCCACAGCCUCCCCACACUCAGAGGAAUGUAACCUUCCUGACCCUGAGCACCAGAGGAGCCCCCUUCCACACACAUAAUCUCUGUUCCCGUCUUGGCUCCUGUUUUAAUAUAACGCUGAAUAUCUCCCAGUGUGUGUGUGCGAUGGUGUGCAUGUCACAGUUCGGGAGAAGCAGCGGUUUGCGAUGCUCUUCCAGUCCGUGGUCCUCCCGUGUCAGUACCAGACGGCCUCCACCCAGCCCCCGGUGGUGCAGUGGUGGUACAAGUCCUACUGUCGAGACCGAACACGAGAAUCCUUCACCCUGCCUGAGAGUCUGGGCGUCCAGGCCUCCGAGCUGGGCGCCACGUCCCACCUGGAGUGCUCCGACAGCGGCCGCACAGUUCGGGUUGUGGCCUCGGCGCAGGGGGCCUCCAUGACGCUGGCUGAACACUACAAAGGCAGAGACAUCGCCAUCGUUAACAAAGCAGACCUGCGUAUUGGGGAGCUGCAGUGGGGCGACAGCGGAGUGUACUUCUGUAAAGUCGUCAUUGCUGAUGAUCUGGAGGGGAAGAAUGAGGCCCAGCUGGAGUUACUGGUGCUUGGCAGGACAGGUCAGCAGGACGAUAUCCUACCUGAGUUUGAUGUGGAGAUUAUGCCAGAGUGGGCGUUUGUGGGAUCUGUAGUCCUGGGCAGUGUGUUGUUCCUCUUAUUGAUGGGGAUCUGCUGGUGCCAGUGUUGUCCUCACUCCUGCUGCUGCUACGUCCGCUGCUGCUGCUGCCCUGACACCUGCUGCUGUCCACGACACUUAUACGAGGCAGGGAAGAUGGCAAAGAGUGGACCUCCUCCUCAGGUUCCUGUGUAUCCAUACUACAUUCCUGGUGUUCCUACUGUGGUUCCUCUUGCCCCUUCAUCCUAUGUGGAGCCAAAGAUGGCCUCUAUCCCCUCAGUGGAGAAUAACCUGGCUGCAGCGCGCAGUGGUUAUCGACUGAAAGCCAGUCCACACCAGGACUCAAUGAAAGUUCUGUACUACGUAGAGAAGGAGCUGGCUCAGUUUCCCUCUGCCAAGAUGGCUGCACUCAAACCCGGCAGCCUCUCGGAGCUGAGCUCUCUUCACGAUGGAGGGAACGCAGACUUCAGACACACUUAUCAGACGGUGCAGAUGAAGGCGCUCCCGCCCAUCGCAGACCUGGACGACCAGUCAGUGCUGAGAGCAGCUCCGCACACACGCAGGCACAGACGGGACAGAGGGAACCACUCAGACGACGAGCUCGACAGAAGGUGGAACCCCCGCUCAGAGCACCUGCAGAGGAAGACGUUGAGCAGAAGAGGACGCACCGGCUCCCUGGACGAGCUGGAGGAUUUUGCCCAGUCUUACGGCUCCCGCGGUCGUCGGGCUGAGCCUCCCGACCGGGGCUACGAGCGCGAUAACAGCCCUCCCAGGCGUUUCUACAGGGAUGAAGAUGAUGGCUGGGGCCGCCGCAGCCCCUCGCCUUUACCUCAGAAGAGAAGGGACACAUGGGACAGUGACCGCCCCUGUCGACCGCCACAAAGCAAAGGAUACGACGACGCCUUCCUCAGCAGCGUGCUGGACAGCAAGGCGAGGGGGCGGGGAGGGGACAGAGGUGCUUAUAGACCGGACGAGGACAGUGACACUCCCUCUAAAGGAAGCUCCAGAGGGAAGGGCAGCGAUAGUUACUACAGCCGCUCGCCCAGUAACCGUCCAGAGGAGGAGGACCCUCUGCCUCCCUACUCUGAGCGGGAGGCGGAGCGGUACCGCAGGGCUGACCCAAACUCAAACCGGUACCGCACUGUAGAGCCUCCCAGAGCAGAGAGAUACAGGACCAGUGAACCUGCCAUGAGGCCUUUCUGUUACACCCGCCCCCCCCAGGGCACGUCGCACACACUGCAACAGGGGGGCCGGGAGGAGAAGGACAGAAGCCGAAACCUGAGCACUGCGCCGAGCAGAGACACUCUCAUAGUGUGACGAGCCUCGACCCGCACAGCAGGGCCAAUCCGUUCGUUUUAAACCGUCCUGUUGCAGGAGAAGCCACAUGACGUCGGGCUCGUCUCACUGAAAAUAACUGCACUGAACAAAACAGCAGUAGUGGAUGGAAAAUGCUGAGAACUCAAUGUGCACAACGUGCAGUCUGCUAGUACAGGACGUUUUUACUCAUGUGCAUGAAUUAUAUCUGCGUAUUUCUGCAUGUGUAGACUACAAAUGACGUGUGCAUCAGUUUUAUUUGUCGAGUGACUGGAUUUACUGCAACAAGUGUCGAGAUGUUUUUGUUUUUGUUAUUAUUAUCUGCCAAUGUUUUAUCUGCAGGAAUAAACCUUCAGACUUCAGUACACUGCAACUCAGGUUCACUUUCUUGUGUGUUUGUCUGUUGUUGAUAUUGUACUGUAUGUAAGUGCUGUACCUUGAAUCUGUUCUGCAGAUUUUAAUUGCACUGUUUGAAUACUUUUUCAAUAAAGAAAACAAAAAAGAA